GAUCAAAAUAUAUAAACCAAUAACAGGCCAAGUUCUCUACUUUCCACCGGAGCAUUUUCGCCCCAAACUCAUCAGAUCUCAGUGUUCUCUCAGAAAGGAAGAGAAAAUGAGCAGCCGUUCAAGUAGAACUAUAUACGUGGGGAACCUUCCAGGCGAUAUCCGGGAGAGAGAGGUUGAAGAUUUGUUCAGUAAGUAUGGACCUGUUGUUCAAAUCGAUCUGAAGAUCCCACCAAGGCCUCCUGGCUAUGCCUUCGUCGAGUUUGAGGAUCCUCGGGAUGCUGAUGAUGCAAUUCAUGGUCGUGAUGGAUAUGACUUUGACGGCCAUUGUUUACGGGUGGAGCUAGCACAUGGUGGGAGGCGUUCAUCUAAUGAUGCUCGUAGUAGUUACGGUCGUGAUGGUGGAGACCGUGGGCGUGGACCAUCUAGGAGAUCUGAGUUCCGUGUUCUUGUGUCAGGUUUGCCUUCAUCUGCUUCCUGGCAAGACCUCAAGGAUCACAUGCGUAAAGGAGGAGAAGUCUGUUUCUCUCAAGUCUACCGUGAUGGUAGAGGUACAACUGGAAUUGUAGAUUACACCAGCUACGAGGACAUGAAGUAUGCGAUUAAAAAGCUCGAUGACACAGAGUUUAGGAAUGCGUUUUCUCGUGGAUAUGUCCGGGUUCGAGAAUAUGAUUCAAGGAGGGAUUCGAAAAGCCCCAGCCGUGGAAGAUCUUAUUCUAAAAGCCGUAGCCGUAGUCGCAGCCGUGGGCGGAGCCACAGUCGUAGCCGCAGCAGGAGCAGGAGCCCAAAGGCUAAAUCUUCCCGUAGAUCGCCUGCAAAAUCUACGUCAAGAUCCCCUCGUUCCCGCUCAAAGUCAAGGUCACCACCUCCGCGAGGAUCUCGUUCAAGGUCAACAUCUCCUCUGCCUUUUGUUCAGAAGGAAGCAAGUAAGAGCCCUAGCAAGCUGAGUCCAGCCAAGAGCCCUAUGCGUAGCAGGAGCAAGAGCAGAAGCAGGAGUCCAGCUCGGUAAACAAACAGAGAAAAGUUAUCUCAUAAUCAGGUAAAAAGAAGCUUGGUUUUGUAGGAAGAUUCUCCUAAGGAUCAUAUUUAUGUUAUGUUGUUUCGUUUGGUUAUAACUCCAGUACGGAAACAAGUUCUACUUCUCUCGAGAUUUUAACUUUUGUUUUAAUAUUUUAAUAUACAUUGCAGCAAUGUUUUUUUUUUGAUCAAAAUACAUUGCAACAAUAUAUGUUCUAUUAUAUAAUUGAUUAUUCA